CCCGGCCGUCUCCCUGGUCGCCGCGUGGCGCUUUACGGCAGGCCCCGCGACCUCUUGCGACGCUCGGCGGCGCGGGAUCGGCGGCCAUGGACGUGGGGGAGUUGCUCAGCUACCAGCCAAACAGGGGAACAAAAAGAACACGCGAAGAUGAGGAGGAGGAUUUUAAAGUGCGCCACAAGCAAGCCGGUUCUCGGGAGCGUGGCCGCUAUCGGGAAGAAGAGCCCCCUGCUGCGGAGGAGGCAGAAGAUGAGAGAAAGAAGCUGCUUCACAUAAUUGAAAAGGGAGACGAGGAGGAGGAAGAGGAGGAGCCUCUGGAUGAAAGCUCGGUGAAGAAGAUGAUCCUCACUUUUGAGAAGAGGUCUUACAAGAACCAGGAACUCCGGAUCAAAUUCCCAGACAAUCCAGAGAAAUUCAUGGAGUCGGAGCUGGAUCUCAAUGACAUCAUUCAAGAGAUGCAUGUAAUUGCGACCAUGCCAGACCUGUACCAUCUUCUGGUGGAGCUGAAUGCCGUGCACUCACUCCUCGGGCUGCUCGGACAUGACAACACAGAUGUGUCCAUUGCGGUGGUGGAUCUCUUGCAGGAGCUCACAGACAUCGACACACUCCACGAAAGCGAGGAAGGCGCCGAGGUCCUCAUUGAUGCCUUGGUUGAAGGGCAGGUUGUGGCGUUGCUGGUGCAGAAUCUCGAGCGUCUGGAUGAAAGCGUAAAGGAAGAGGCAGAUGGUGUUCAUAAUACCCUGGCAAUAAUUGAGAACAUGGCAGAGUUUCGGCCAGAGAUGUGCACGGAUGCUGCUCAGCAGGGCCUUAUGCAGUGGCUUCUCAAGAGGCUGAAGGCCAAGAUGCCUUUCGAUGCCAACAAGCUCUACUGCAGUGAGGUCCUGGCCAUCCUCCUCCAGAAUACAGAUGACAACCGGGAAAUGCUUGGAGAGCUGGAUGGGAUCGAUGUGCUGCUUCAGCAGUUAUCGGUGUUCAAGCGCCACAACCCAGGCCCAGCAGAGGAGCAGGAGAUGAUGGAGAACCUGUUUGACUCCCUCUGCUCUUCCUUGAUGCUGAGCUCCAACCGGGACCGCUUCCUGAAGGGGGAAGGGCUGCAGUUGAUGAACCUCAUGCUCAGGGAGAAGAAGAUCUCCCGGAGCAGUGCCCUGAAGGUGUUGGACCAUGCCAUGAUCGGGCCGGAGGGGGCCGACAACUGCCACAAGUUCGUCGACAUUCUCGGCCUUCGCACCAUUUUUCCGCUCUUCAUGAAGUCCCCCAAGAAAAUCAAGAAGGUGGGGACCUCUGAAAAGGAGCACGAAGAGCAUGCCUGCUCCAUCCUGGCCUCCCUCCUGAGGAACCUGAGGGGGCAGCAGAGGACGCGGCUGCUGAACAAAUUCACGGAGAACGACAGCGAGAAGGUGGACAGGCUGAUGGAGUUAUAUUUCAAGUACCUGGAUGCCAUGCAGGCAGCCGACAAGAAGAUUGAAGGUGAAAAGCAUGACAUGGUGCGUCGCGGGGAGAUCAUCGACGACGACACGGAAGAGGACUUCUACCUCCGCCGCCUGGACGCCGGGCUCUUUGUGCUGCAGCUCAUCUGCUACAUCAUGGCCGAGAUCUGCAACGCCAAUAUCCCUCAGAUACGCCAGAGAGUGCAUCAGAUCCUGAACAUGCGGGGCAGUUCCAUCAAGAUCGUCCGGCACAUCAUCAAAGAGUACGCGGAGAACAUCGGGGACGGGAAGAACCCCGAGUUCCAGGAGAGCGAGCAGAAGCGGAUCGUGGAGCUCCUGGAGAACUUCUGAGGACCCGCUUUGGCCGCUUCCGUGACCUGCUGCGAUUUGGGGUCAAGUCGAGGACUUUCUGCAGAGAGUGGGCCUUCUGAGGUUCUGGUUUUUUGUUUUUGUUUUGUUUUGUUUUUGAAUCAUUAAAGACACUGGUUUGUUUUUUUUAA